GGAGGCAGCGUUGGUAGAAUGUGAUUUUGUAUGCUGUGAUACGAAGUAAAUAACAAGGUAUUGUGUUGAAGUUUGCGUGCAGGUGUGAUCGUGAGCAGGUGAUACGAAAGAAAAUGUGCGUGUACUUUCAUCGACUUUUCAUCCAUUUACAGGCGAGUGACAAAUGCCACAGGACAGCUGUGAUAAAAAUAUCUACUCUUCCUUCAUCCAGUUGUGCAUUCAUAUUUUAAAAUGAGUAAAUCGCUCAUUGACAUAUGCAAACAUUAAAAUGCGCUUUAGAAGUUGUAUUUAUUAUUUGAAAAUUGGGAGAUUGAAGUGUGGCGUCAUAGAUAAGUCUCUGGAAGAGAAAAGUAUUAAUCGUUACCCUCCCAUGAACAAUGUGAACUGAAACGUUUCUGGCGGCGGCGAGCCUUAAGAAACACAUAAUGUUGAGUGGACUUGAGCGUUUGAUGCUUGCAAGACUUUGAAGAUACAAGGCAAGUAGCGUAUAAGGUUUUUGGGAAUUGCUGCAGCUGCUUCAGAGUUAUAAUGAGUGAUGCUGAACAACUUUGGGAGGCUGGCUGAUUUGGUACAAUGAUUGAAAGUGUUUCACGGCGUGCAUUUAGUGGAUCAAGUGGCACAUACAAUGUGCGAGCUUCGGAGCUGGCUCGUGAUAGGCGCCUCAAGACCCUUAGUGCUACAGUGGUAUUUCUGGAUGAUACUCAACAUUGUUUCCAAAUUGAGAAGCGAUCGAAAGGUCAUGUUCUCCUUGAUCUGGUUUUUCAACAUCUAGAGCUUAUUGAGAAGGAUUAUUUUGGUCUCCAGUAUUCUGAAAAUGGAGCAGCACCAACACCCAGCAACUCUGAUCUUGUGCGUUGGCUUGAUCCUUCAAAGCCAGUGAAGAAGCAAAUAAGAAACAAUGGAAACUUCUACUUUCGUGUUAAGUUCUACGUAUCAGAUCCUAGCAAGUUACAGGAGGAGUACACACGUUACCAUUUCUUUCUUCAAGUUCGCCAGGACAUUCUUCAGGGACGGUUACAGCUACCACCAAGCACUGCAUGUCUUCUCGCCAGUUACAUUGUUCAGUCUGAGCUGGGCGACUAUCAACCUGAUGAACACCUUCCUGGAUAUCUUUCUGGGCUACAGUUGAUACCUGGUCAAACAGAAGAGAUGGAAAAGAAGAUCACAGAGCUACAUAAAUUACACAAGCGCCAGUCACCAGCCGAUGCUGAAUUCAACUUCCUUGAACAUGCAAAGAGGUUGGAUAUGUAUGGUGUGGACUUGCAUCGUGCUAGAGAUUCAACAAAUAAAGAUAUACAGCUUGGAGUUACAUCUUUAGGACUUGUAGUAUUCCACAAUGGAUUAAGAAUUAACAUUUUUUCAUGGUCCAAGAUAGUUAAGAUAUCUUUCAAACGGAAGCAAUUCUUCAUCCAACUUCGAAGGGAGCCAUCUGAGGAUUAUGAUACCCUGUUAGGUUUCAAUAUGACAACGUACCGAUCAUCAAAAAAUUUAUGGAAAUCGUGUGUUGAGUAUCACACAUUCUUUAGGCUGCAUUCACCACAGACUCGAACCAGAAGGUUUCACCUCUCUCUUGGCUCUAAAUUCGCAUAUUCUGGCCGCACAGAAUUCCAGACAAUAGAAGAAGGAAGACACAGAGCCAGGCUUGAAAGACAUUUUAUCAGGUCUUCUCCCAGCAAGCGGCUUAUUCGCCAAACAGUCCCUGCGCCAGUAAUUGCUGAAGAGAAAUCAAAACUUAUUCCUUCUACACGACCUUCUCGUUCAUACGAUAACAAAGUAACCUCUUUGGGUGCUAGAGAACCACGCAGGGCGUGGGGUGAAGCCUCCCACCCUUCAGAUGAUGAGGGUGGAUUUAUUGAUCGCACUGAAGAAAGACCUCACUUCUCACCUCUCUCAGCAAGCCGUACAUUGAGUUAUGUAGAUGAUGAGCCUGAAACCGAUCGAAGUGUGAGCACUGGAGUGUAUGAAAUACCUGGAUAUGUAGAUACACAAUCACAGAUUUCUGAAGAAGGUCUGGUUGUUAUAAGAAUUACACCUGAUGAACAAGGAAGAUUUGGGUUCAAUGUUAAAGGAGGUGCCAAUUUAAAUAUGCCAAUUGUUGUAUCCAGAGUGGUUCCUAAUACACCAGCUGACAGAUGCUGUCCAAAACUGAAUGAGGGAGAUCAGGUACUCUUCAUUAAUGGCCAAAACAUCAGUGGUAUGUUACAUGAACAGGUAGUUAAUUUGAUCCGCGAAACAAGAGAUUCUGCUUCUGGAGAACUGAUACUGACUGUAAAACCUAGUGCGGUUUAUGAAGCUCAGGAUAUCGAGGAACCUCCAUAUCAGUAUGUUCCUGAUCGACCACAUACAAAUGGAAUAGACCAGGCUGAUGCAUUGGCUGAAUCCAUGCUGCUACUUGCCGAUGGACUUGCAAGUGGAGCUCUCAUAGCACAGUUUGAGCAGUUGUACAGGAAAAAGCCUGGUUUGACAACAAAUGAAUCCAGGAAACAAGAAAAUGUAAACAAAAAUAGAUACCGUGAUAUUUCACCAUAUGAUGCAACAAGGGUAAUUUUACAAGGUGGGACCACUGGUGAUUACAUAAAUGCCAACUAUGUUAAUAUGGAAAUUCCUGGAUCUGGUAUAAUUAAUAGAUAUAUUGCAACACAAGGUCCUUUGCCAGGAACAGUUGCUGAUUUUUGGCAGAUGGUUGUGGAAGCUCAGAGCACUCUAAUUGUGAUGGUAACUCCAGUUGUGGAACGGGGUCGCAUAAAGUGUCACAAAUACUGGCCUGCCCUAACACAAACUUUGGAAUUAUCUCAUCUACACAUCACAUGUACACGAGAGGAGACUGAACCUACAGGCAGCUUCAUAUUCAGAGAAUUUCGACUCACCAAUCUAGAGACUGAAGAGGAGCGGCACAUCAGCCACAUGCAGUACUUGGCAUGGCCAGACCAUGGUGUUCCUGAGGAUCCCACUCAGUUCCUGGAGUUCACAAUGCGUGUGCGCAAAGCUCGGACUGGAAUGGUUGAGCCCACCAUUGUCCAUUGUUCUGCUGGGAUAGGUCGUACUGGAGUUCUUAUUCUCAUGGAAACUGCAAUGUGCCUCAUUGAAGCUAAUGAACCAGUUUACCCUCUUGAUAUUGUACGAGCUAUGAGAGAUCAACGUGGGAUGAUGAUACAAACAGCGGCCCAGUAUAGAUUUGUUUGUGAGAGUGUUCAUCGAGCUUAUAGCGAAGGCCUUGUCAAACCUUUAGAAGAAUUUCAGAGGUGAGGUGCUUGGAGUAAGAUAAAUGUUGUACUUAUAUUCACUGUAGACAGAGUAAUCUGAAGUGGUGUGAGAUUGUACCAUUGAGAUAUACUAUUCGUAAUUUGAUACAAAAUAUUUAUACUUUGUGUUACGUAACAAUUUGCCACUACCUUUAGGGUAGCUGCCUCUAAAGUGUGUGCCACCCUAUUGCUUCUGGGUUGAUAUGUCUGUCAGUGAAAUAGUGUUAUAAUUCACAUGAGAAAAGAGGGCUAUCUUACUACCAGUUUUGAAUCUCUGAGAGAUUUAUAUGGCUUUAAGUUAGUUACCUGCAGUUAGUAUAGCCAGUAGCAGUUUGCUGCUAGCUUUAUUCUCAGCUGCAGAGAACGUGAAUGUCUUUGGCAGUCAGGCUGAAUGCGCCUGGGGAUCCGUCCUGGUAGUACAGGUGUGAGGAAACAAUUCCCAGCAGCAAUUGGGGAUAUAACCCCCCCCAGCCGUCCAGUUCAUAGUCAUUACCUGGAUAUUGGGCAAUGACUACCACUUACUUGUGAUAUAAACUGUGUGAUCUGGAAUGACCAUUAUUUGUUUUAUAUCGCUUUUGUGUUGCCGGCAUCAGACUUAAAUCUGAAGCUAUGUAGCAUUACUGCCAAGUGUCGAUUAUAUAGAGUACAUUAGUUUUGCAAUCUGUGUACAUUGUUAGCAGUGAAUGUGAAUUGGUCAGAGAAACAUCUGUCCAUUUUAAAUCUAUUAAUUGUGUGCAUUAAAUGUUGUAAAUUUGUGAAUUGUGUGUGUCAUAUGACUGUACUUUUAAAGUACGUCCUUGUCAUGGAUGCUGUAGAUUACUUUGGAUACCAGUGACAUUUUACCUGCCAGAAAAUAAUUGUAAAUGUAAAUUUUAUAACAUUGUGUAUUGUGUCCAAAAGGCGUUGAAAGAUAUUCGUGAGACAGUGUCAGAGUUAUAAUUCUGCAUUCUCACAUUUGGUGUUGCUUCUUUACUGCCGCCUAACAGAGGCCUUAGGAUCAUGUGAAAAAUAGUUUUUACUUGAUCUUAUAGGAUUUUGUAAUAAUUUUGUACAUUUUUAACAUGCAACUAACUCUUUAAAGAGUAACGAUGUGAUAAUAUGAAUUUAUGUUAUUUUGUAAAUUUUUAUUCACUUUUGUAAAAAAAAGUAAAUGUCACUGCAUGAUGCACAUGAGAAUAUGAAGUUGUCAGAAACCAAUAAAGAAGUUUUAAUUUCCCUUUUACUCAUAAUCUGCUAUACUGAAGCAAUGGUUUGAUGCAGAUAAAUAGAUGCAUUAUUGCCUCUAAAUAAUCUUGGCUUUAAUAUUACAUGUAACUUCAUUGCUCUGUAGCCAGCAGCAAAGUGUGAAGCAGUUCGGAAUGUUUUAUCUUUGUUAUAGAACUUCAAUUUCUCAUGUGUGCUCGUCCACCAGCGACACCAACAUAUCUCACAAUACCAGUACAGGAGUGCCUUGCACAUGUUGUCCAGACAAAGACAUUGUUGAAAUGUCUUAAACACAUAGUUUAUUCCAUAAUGAACUGUGUAGUUUGACAUUUUCUAGUAUUAUUAAUUGCACUUAGAGUGAUGUGUUCAUAGAACUACCAGUAUUAGUGUAACAUACAAAAUAAAGUAACAUGCAGCUGUGAACUUCUUGCAAUGUUAACAUGUUUUAUAAAGGUGUGAACGAUAUGGAGAUAAAAUGUAAUUUUUCAUAAAAUACAAUGUGAGUUGAAGUGUG